UCAGCACAAGAUAUUUUUUUCUCUCACUUCUCCGCCGCUGCACCACAACUCUCGCUCAUCAAUUUACCCUUUUCUCCUUCCCUUUCUUUUAUAUCCUUCACUCUCUGUUUCUCAUAUUAUUCCCAUGUCCUUCAUCUUCUCUCUGUUCAAACCUUCAUUCCUCCUUUGAUUGUUUCUUCUUCUAUUUUCAUCUCUACUGCCUUCAUCUUCUCUUCCGUUCCAUGGAUCGGGAAGGAGGAUCCAACGGCGGAUCUUGCUACUAUUCCGUUCUCGGGAUUCGUAGGGACGCCUCCUUCUCUGAUAUUCGCACUGCCUACCGCAAACUCGCCAUGAGGUGGCACCCGGAUAAGUGGGCUCGGAAUCCCGCAACCGCCGGAGAAGCCAAGCGGCGGUUUCAGCAAAUCCAAGAAGCUUACUCAGUUCUUUCCGAUCAGUCUAAAAGAUCAAUGUACGACGCUGGUCUCUACGACCCUCUGGAAGAAGAAGACCAAGAGUUUUGUGAUUUCAUGCAAGAGAUGAUAUCGAUGAUGAAUAAUGUGAAAGACGAGGGGGACAGUAUGGAGGACCUACAGAGGAUGUUCGUGGAGAUGGUGGGGGGUGAUGGGAUCGGCAUUGACUUGAACCAGGAUCAGAUGGCUGGGAAGCGAGGACGUGUCAACGGAUCAAGAGGCAAUGCGGCCAAGCGCAGCAACUCUCGAUCUUAGUGCGUCACACUCAAUCCUUUCUUGUAACUUCACACACUUUUCUUACUGAAAACUAGAUCAUUGAAAUGGAAAUCCUUACAAAGGGUUCAACUUCUAGACAUCUAUAUGUGUGAUGCCUCCUAAUUUUACUUUUACUUACACGUUUCAUUUCAUUGUGUUUUUUUGAUGACACCACUGAAACAUAAGCAUAAGCGAAACACGUGUAUGUCAUGCUAAAACUAUUCAAUGAAAAGUACCAUGGUCGGUCUGA